AUGCCUGAAGAAUCUAUCAAAGUUGCUGUUCGUGUUCGUCCAUUUAGUCAAAGAGAAAAAGAUCGGAGUGCAAAACUUGUCAUUAAAAUGCAAGGAAAAUCAACGUUUAUUAUUGAUCCAAAAGCACCACAAGAUGAACCGAAACAAUUUUCAUUCGACCAUUCAUAUUGGUCGCAUGAUGGUUUUGUUGAACAUCCGUCUGGAAUACUUGAAGCUGAUAAUUCAUUAUCGCCAUAUGCUUCUCAACAAAAGGUUUUUGAUGAUCUUGGUCGUGAUGUUUUAAAAAAUGCAUUUGAUGGCUUUAAUUGUACAUUAUUUGCAUAUGGUCAAACAGGUUCUGGAAAAAGUUAUUCAAUAAUUGGUUAUGGUGCUAAUCGUGGAAUUGUUCCAAUUGUAUGUGAUGAAUUAUUUCGUGAAAUGCAAAAUAAGAAAGAUUCAUCGACUCGUUACGAGGUUUCUUUUUCUAUGAUGGAAAUUUACAAUGAACAAGUUCGAGAUUUAUCAACAAAAGAAUUUCCUAAAGGAGGCCUUUCUGUUCGUCAACAUCCAACAUCGGGUUAUUUUUAUCCACAAGGUCUUCGUAUUUUACCUGUUGGUAGUUAUAAUGAUAUUGAUCGUCGUAUUGCUGAAGGUACAGAAAAUCGAACAAUAGCUGCAACAAAUAUGAAUGCAACAAGUAGUCGUGCACAUACAGUUGUUACUAUAUAUUUUGAUCAAAUUAUUAAAACUGAUCGUGGUGAAACAAAAAAAACAAGUGUUAUUAAUCUUGUGGAUUUAGCUGGAUCUGAAAGAGUUUCUACUACAGGAGCAAUUGGAGAUAGAUUAAAAGAAAGUACAAAUAUUAAUAAAUCAUUAUCAACACUAGGUAAUGUUAUAUCAGCAUUAGCUGAUAUAUCAUCAGGAACAAAACGAAAAGUUGUUGUACCAUAUCGUGAAUCCAUAUUAACAAAAUUACUUCAAAAUGCUCUUGGUGGAAAUAGUAAAACAGUUAUGAUAGCUGCUUUAUCACCAGCUGAUGUUAAUUAUGAUGAAACAUUAAGUACAUUACGUUUUGCUGAUCGUGUUAAACGUAUUAAAAAUACAGCUGUAGUUAAUGAAAAUCCAAUUGAAAAAUUAAUUCGUGAAUUAAAAGAAGAAAAUGAACGUUUAAAAUUACUAAUUGAUACAGGUAAAUAUAAUUUACAAUUAGAUAUUCUACCUGGUAUGACUGGUCAAGAUAUUGAAUUAAUGAGAAAACAUAUGGAAGAAGAAAUUGUUUCACAAAUACAAGCUAAUCAACAAAUGUUACAAAACUCGAAGACAUCUUGGGACUUAAAGCUUAAAAAUGCUCAAUUGAAUGAGAAAAAAUCUUUGAAUCGAUUCGAUAAAAAAGUUCCAUAUCUUGCUAAUUUAAAUGAAGAUCCAAUGUUAUCCUAUGUUAUAUUACAUUAUUUUAAUACUGAUGAAAUAACAAUUGGUAAUCGAAAUUCCACAAUAUGUCUUAAUGGUUUAAAUAUUCUUGAACGACAUGCUAUUAUUCGAUCUAUAGAUCCAUAUAAAUAUGAACUAACAGCAGCUGAGCCUGGUUCAAAAAUCAAAGUUAAUGGAUAUAAUUUAAAUGGAUCAACACAACUUCGACAUAAAGAUCGAAUUUUAUUCGGUGCAAAUCAUGUUUAUGUAUAUUUAAAUCCAUUAAAUGAAAAAGAAGCUUCACCAGAUUUACCAUCGAUAAUAACAUGGGAAUUUGCACAAAAAGAAAUUGCUAAAGCAAAAGGUUAUUCCUUAGGAAAUAAUUUAACUAUUGAACAAGAAGAAAUUCAAGAAAAAAUUUUAAGUCUAUUACCAUUAUUAUCAGAAGUCAAUGCUAUAAGUGAAGAACUUAAUAAAUAUCGUACAUUUGAAAUUGUUCUUAUGCCAAUAUCAUCAUGGGAAGGUAUAACAACUAGAGGAUCAAGAGUAAUGAUUAAAAUGAGAAACCUUCUUAAUCAAAAUAUUUGGUAUUGGGAUGAUGCAAAAUUUAUUAAUCGAAGUUUUAUUAUUAAAGAACAUUAUCAAAAAUUUUUAGAUGGAGACGAAGAAAUUUUGUAUAUUUCAAAAGAUGAUGAUCCAUUUUGGGAACCUGUAGAAGAUAUUUUACUUGGUACAGCUAAUGUUUUUCUUCAAAGUUUAGCUUAUUCACUUGAUUUUGCUGAUGAAGUUUGCAUUGUUGAUUAUAAAGGACUAGAACAAGGUCGUUUAAGUAUAAAUCUUUGUCCAUGUUUACCAAGUGGUAAAGUAUUAAAUAAUGAGCAAUUUGUUGAACAACCUGAAGAACUUCUUAAUAAACCAUAUAGUUUUAAAAUAACUAUGCGUUUUAUUGAAAUAAAUGAUGAACGUAAUAAUAAAGGUCUUCGUAUACGUUAUAAAGUUUUUAAUGAAUCAGAAUUUACUGAAACAAAAAUUAUUUGUCGAAAUACUGUAUGUGCUAAUGUUAAACAAACACGUAUUAUCACCAUACCAAGUGUUGAUGAAGAUUGGUUAAGAUUUUUUCAAGAUGGUUGUAUUAUAUUUCAAAUAUUUGCUGUACAAGAAGAAAGCAAACCAAAUACUGGUUUAUUUAAAAUGACAACUCGAGAUUUAAAAAAAAUGGAACAAAAACAAGAUAAUACAAAUCUAAUGCCAGUAAGUCAUGUCAAUUCAACUUUACCAGGUGAUUCAAAAUUAAAGUCUGAAUUAACACUUCUACAAAGAAAAUUUCAUCGUCUUGAACAAAAAGAAAAACGUAUUCAACAAUUAUGUCAAGAAUGGGAAAAUAAUCAUGAUUAUAAUAAAUUUUAUAAAUUAAUUUCAGCUAUUGCAUUUAGUUCAGGAACAAAAUUAAAAGCAACAUCAACAGUUGCAAAUAAAGAAAAUAAUGUCGAUGUUUAUUUAUUUGGAACGGAAGAACAAGAAUAUCUCAAAGAUAUCGAACAAGCAAAUGGAGAUAAACAAAAACAUUGGGACGAAUAUUAUCGAAAAAAUGUGCUACAACAGAAACGUAGUUCAAUAACAAACCGUAUAAAUACACAACGACAAUCACCUACUCAUCGUAUACCAUUAACACCUAGUAGUCUUGGUAUUUCAACAGUAACUACUGAUGGACAAAAUCAUAAUAGUCAACAAUUGCAUAAUGGCUUUUCAUCGGCACCUUUUUCGAAUACUAAUCUAACAUCACUUCACAAGAAAAUAUAUCAAGAAACUGGAAAUGAUAAUAUUGAUCAAUUAAAUGGAAAUAAUCUUCCUAGGACAAACUCAAAAUCAACUUUGAAAUCUAUUAAUACUAAAAAUACAACAAAACACGAAACAUUUAAUACUGAAAAAAAUUCAACAAUGUGUACCAUUCAAUAG